AACGGUAGGUAUAUUAUCAGGACAAAAAUAUACAGUAUUGCGAUUCUCCGUCCGGCCGUCGUUGCGUCCCGCCUCGAUUCUGGACAGGAAAAGGAUCUCUUUCUUCCAAAUUAUCAUCAUCUAUCUCCGGCGGAUCAAGAUUUUAGAGCCCGCCAAUUCCAUCUCUAUCAAUUUCUGUUUUCUCGCUGAAGCAGCAACAGCGAUUAGCAGGCUAUUGAAUAGAGAUUGGAACUGACGGAAAAUGUUAUACAUGGGGAACAAAUUGAAUACAAGAAUUAGCUUUUGCUGCUUCUAAAACUGAUGGCCAAUCCCAGUUCUCAGCGCCGCUGUGUUUUUGUUGGGAAUAUACCUUAUGAUGCUACUGAAGAACAGCUUGUGCAAAUCUGUGAGGAGGUUGGGCCUGUAGUAUCGUUCAGGUUAGUUAUUGAUCGGGAAACUGGAAAACCUAAAGGAUAUGGAUUUUGCGAAUAUAAGGAUGAAGAAACUGCUUUAAGUGCUAGACGGAAUCUACAGGGAUAUGAUAUCAAUGGACGCCAAUUGAGGGUAGAUUUCGCUGAAAAUGACAAAAAUGCAGAGAAAAACAAAGAUCCGGUAAUUCUGCAGCAUCUCAUGCCUUCAGCUGCCAUGGGCCAUGGUGGACCUGGAAUGGCAACAAAUGUUGCAACUGUUGGGGACUCUAGCAGCCAUCAGCCAAUUGGACUCCAAUCUGCUAUAGCUGCUGCAUCAUUCAUGUCAAAUGCUCUUGGUGGUGCGCAGACUGCUAAAUCAUUGAAUCAAAAUGGUUUGCAAGGCCCACGUGGAAUGUUUAACGAUCCUUUAACUCUUCAUCUAGCAAAAAUGUCCAGGAAUCAGUUAACUGGUAUUAUGAGCGAGCUGAAGGCAAUGGCUAUGAAUAACAAGGAACAAGCACGUCAGCUAUUGCUCAAUAAUCCAAACUUCCCAAAAGCUCUCUUUCAGGCGCAAAUAAUGCUAGGAAUGGUCAGCCCUCAGAUGUUGCAAAUGCCAAAUAUUCGGCAAUCUACCCCACUUACACCAUCUUUACCUUAUGAUACCCAACUAGGGCAACAGACAAGAGCUCAGUCUCUUCUCGGGCCUCAAACUGUGCAGAAUAAGUUGCCGCUCGAUUUUGCCCCUAGGGUUUCAGAAGGCGCCAUACCUUCUGUAAGGCCAAACAUUUUGUCACAGGGACAGUUUUCUUCUUUCCCACAACAUCAAACUCCGUCCCAAGUUCAGCUCCCUCAGGUAUCUCAACGCAUAUUGCCUGGAAAUCCUGGACUUUCAAGCUUUACAUCUGCGCGCGCACCGCCUUUGGGUGUUUCUACUGCUACAUCUGAAAUUCAGUCCAGUUCUUCAGUGUUACCAAAAACUAGCACAGCAGCUGGUGCCUAUGGAAGACAACGCUAUCCUGGUUCGAUUUCAGGAUUACCCGAUAAAGAAAAACGAGUCAUGGAUGCACUAGAUCCAUCAAACCGGCCUCCAAAAAUGAUUAAAUUAGAAGGCGGAGAUUAUUUACCUUCCUCAGCAGCUGGCGGAAGCAAUUCUUCAUCUUUAUCAAGACCAUAUUUAUCUGGAAAGCAAAUCCCGAUGCCUGAGGCUCCUCAGAUUCCUCCUGAGGUUGAGUCGGCUUUACUGCAACAAGUAUUAAGUCUUACACAGGAGCAGCUGAACUCCUUACCACCUGAUCAAAGGGAGCAGGUGAUUCAACUGCAGAAAAUGCUUAGAUGAUAUAAAUCAGGUAAGUACAUUAAUCACGGCUUCUUUAUUUUUUUCUUUCUCCAACGUGCUACUAGUUAACUGUACGUAGGAUUUCGAUAAUCAGAGAAGCCUUGAUAUUAGACUUGUUUUAGUUGUAAAGUUCAUUGAUUUACUUGAAAGAUGGAAUCAUAUAGGCUGGGGAUAUAUAUUGUUUUCUUUUUCCGAGUAUCUCAACUUGGCGGUAUAGAAACUCUUAAAUGAUAACUGCUCAAAUUUUGCAGACUCGGAUUUAAUUAUGGACAUGUGUUUAGAGA